AUGGCACCUGAGAUCAUCUUCCACCACUUAAACCUCUCGCGCUCGACGCGGAUAUUCUGGGUCUUGGAGGAACUCGGCCUCGAUUACACGGUCAAGGUCCACUACCGGACCGCUGCUGGUCGCGCUCCAGAUGCUCUAAAGAAGAUCAUCUCGCUGGGCAGCGCUCCAGUGGUCGAGCUGGACGGAGAAGUACUGCACGAGUCCGCCUACAUUAUCAGCCGGCUCCUUGAGCUCCAGAGCUCCUCAGAGGUUGAGACCAAGCCGAGCAAUGACUCGCGAUACUGGGCCGAGUUCGCCGAGGGCACGUUGAUGGUGUGGAUGCAGGCUGGGACGAUCAUUCGGGGGUCUACGAGGGGCUUCUCGGGCGCCGCGUUGGCGGGAGAGGAAGAUGCGAAGAGUCGGGAAGCGCUGGCGACGUACGCUGGAUGGGUGCAGAGCGCCAUGAUCAGCCCCGCAUCUCAAACACACCUGGACUACAUGGACGGGUACCUCGCGAAACACAGCUACUUCUCCGGCACCGACCAGCCAGGUCUCGGUGACUUCAUGUUCCUCUUCCCGCUCUUCACCAUCAUUCCUCAAGCUAUCGAGCAGGGCGAUGCGGUGACCGAGACAGCGAGGGGCAAGCUGAGGAUCGGUGAUAACCUGCGGAACUGGUGGAAGCGUGUUGAGGCUAGGCCGGCGCUGCAGAAAGCUUUGAAACGACAACAGGACGAGGAGGAGUCGGGCAAAUCUAGGCUGUAG